UUCGGUGAACUUCGCACUCUCCGAAUAACAACAAAAGGUUUGUCUAUGAUGACCUUCAGGCUUUUAUACUGAGUACAUCAAUAACAAUUGAGAUAAUGAAUCCACAUAAAUCGGUGUGAAUAUUACUAUGGAAGUGUCUCCACAAAAACGUGCGAGGAUAUGCAAACGAAAGAGGUUAGCCAAGAACCGACGUCGAAAUAAGAGAAAAAUUGAGGUUAGAUCUGCCAAUCGUAGGAAGAUCGCUUCUGGACAUGAAGAAAUGGAUUUUUCUAUGACUGCUGAUACUUUCUGGGAAAACUAUAAAGUGGCACAGGAUUGGCAGCAAAAACACAAUGUUGCUUGGUGGAGGUCACGUUGCAUUGCCCUGGAGCACGAGAAUAGAAUCCUGAGGAGCAAAGUACGAGAGCUGACUCAACACUCCAAUUACAAUGAGCCAUCGACACCUUCAAAUUCUCAUUACAAUUCCCUGAAUAAUUCAUCAGACGAGGGAAACUUGGAGUUCCAUGUUGAUGAGGAUAUGCUCAAUUUCCUGGAGCAGAGUAUUCGUCAUAAAAUGGAGUUGAAGAAGAGUCGUGAAUCUGAAACAGCGGAUUCUAGACUGAAUAACGAGGGCGAUUGUCCUCCUGUUAUUCGUGAGAUUCAGGAUCACGAGAAGAUGGAGAAUGCUCAGGAACUGUAUGGAUCUGCUGCCACCAGGAUAAUUGGUAUGGAGACAGCUCUUCAGGUGAUGGUUGACAGGCACAAGGAUCAAGCAAAGCCUCACUACUGGCCGAAUAUCCCAUUGAACCCUUGAGUGAAUACGUAGACUAAUAUUUCCACGUUUAUAUAUUUCAUUUUGACAUUAAAGACUUUUUGUUGUACUCUGAGGUUGGAGAUCCCUUUAUGACGGAACAGAAGGUGUACAGAUAAUUUUUAUACGCAUACGUGUAAGAUAAAUAUUAUCGAAUAACA